AUGGAAUUUGAUACUGAAGUAGCAGCUGGAAAUUUUUACCAAAAAUAUGCCAAAACAUCUGGGUUUGGAACUCGAUUGAGUAAGGGACAUAAAGACAAAAAUAGUGAUAUGAUGUUGGACAGGGUUUUCUGCUGCUCCCAUGAAGGAAAAAGGCCAAAAGACAAACGUAAUAUGGUUGUUAAGUGUCCGCGUGCAGAAACAAGAUGUGAUUGUGGUGCAAGAAUGAAAAUUAGUUGUAGACAAGCUGAAAAAUACCGUGUUGUGCAAUUUGUUGCACAACAUAAUCAUGAGCUAUCAACUCCUAGCAAAACCCAUUUAUUUAGAUCUCAUAGACACAUGACAAUGGCACAUGAAGCUGAAAUAGAUAUGGCCCGAAGUUGUGGAAUUGCACCAAAACAAUCAAUUGAACUGAUGUCGAAACAAGUUGGUGGACGAGAAAAUCUUGGAUUCAUUCGAGAUGAUUUAAAAAACUACUUACGAUCCAAAAGAUCCAUACCAAUGAUGCAAGGUGACACAGGAGGAGUCUUAGAGUACUUACAAAGGAUGCAAUUAGAGGACCCAAAUUUUUAUUAUGCCAUUCAAGUAGAUGAAGAUGACUUGAUAACUAACAUAUUUUGGGCUGAUGCAAAGAUGAGAACGGAUUUUACUCAUUUUGGUGAUGUGGUAUGUUUCGAUACAACUUAUAGAAAACACAAAGAUGGGAGGCCAAUUGCAUUAUUCGUUGGUGUAAAUCAUCAUAAACAAACUAUAGUUUUUGGAGGUGCUUUAUUAUAUGAUGAGACAAUUGGAACAUUUGAAUGGCUGUUUGACACAUUUGCUAAGGCCAUGAUGGGAAAAAUACCAAGAACUAUUCUUACAGACCAAGACGGAAGAAUGGCAACGGCUUUAGCUUCUCAAUGGCCAACAAAUCACUGCAUAUAUGACUAUGAAAAUGAGAAUGAUUUUUUAGAGGGAUGGAGUGAAAUGUUAAAAAUGUAUUGUCUGGAAGACAACAAGUGGUUGAAGAAAAUGUUUGAUAUAAAGGAGAAAUGGGCUUUAGUAUAUGGGAGAGAAACAUUCUGUGCCGAUAUGACCACGACCCAACGAAGUGAGUCCAUGAACAGUGUUAUAAAGAAGUAUGUAAGUUAUAAACAUGACUUACUUGAAUUUUUUGAACACUUCCAAAGGCUGUUAGAUGAUCGUCGCUAUGAUGAAUCCGUAACAGAUUUUAGAGGCAAUCAAAGUACACCGGCAGUGACAUUCCCUUGUAAGAUUUUACAGCAUGCGGCGAGUGUAUACACACAUGAAGUUUAUGAAAGAUUUAAGGACGAGUUAUGCAAAGGAAUUGAUUGUAAAUGGGAAGUAGAUGGUGAAUUAGGAAAGCAAGUGAUUUAUCGAGUUACACCAUAUGGUAAGACUUCCCAUCACCUCGUAACUUAUGAUUCGUCCAAGAAUUCAAUUUCAUGUAGUUGUAAGAAAUUUGAAUUUGCUGGAUUUUUGUGUUCACAUGCACUAAAAAUAUUGAUGACUCUGAAUAUUGUAACAAUUCCUGAUGCAUAUAUAUUGAAGAGAUGGACUAAAGCAGCUAAAAUAGGAAAUGUAUGUGUUUCCAGUGAAAGUAGCCAGGAAAUGGAGUCAAAGGCAAAAUUGAGUUUUCGUUACAAAGAGUUAUCCUAUCUAUAUAUGCAGCUAAUGACAAAAACUUCUGAAUGUGAUGAAGCUUAUAAAAUUGCUAAAGAUGGAUUUUGA